AAGAUGGCGGAAAACAUAAACUUUAGUAAACAUAACAGAUAACUUGAUUCUGGAUCUACAGUGUAACAGAGUUAAAGGUCUGUCCAAUAUAAAUGAUUAAAGGAUGGCAGCUCCUGUGUUAAUGACACUGUUUACAGAUGAUGCUGUUGAAGUGAGAUAUUCUGACCAGUCAUGUUUACAGCUUUCCCCUUGUGGCUCAACAUUUGUCCAUCAUGAAAGUCCAGGACAGCUGAUCCAUCCUGCACAUGGUAUGAAGACUAUUGGUCAGAGAUGUGAGUUUGUAACAAGUGAUUAUAGACAGAAAGUGUUACAGGCUUUGGACUUCAGAAAUAGAUUUGCGGAGAGACCAUUUGUAUGUCAUUCCCUUAUAGAAGAUGACCAGAUUAUGGCUUUAUAUGCCAAAAUAACAGAUGUAGCAUGGCCAAAAGGCACAGAACAUUCCAAUUUUGAAUACAUGAUGGAUGGAGGUGUGAGACUUAUAUCUGAAGAUGAAUAUGCUAGUAUUGUGUUGUCACCUCAUAAACAAGAUUUUACUGUGUGUUAUUUAUGUGGUGUAAGUCCUGAUUCACCAAGGCAAAAGUUACACACUAUUAAACACCAACAGACAAAAUCAGCAUCUAUAGGCGGUUUGAAAAAGUAUGAACAGGAGCCUGAUAAAUACCAUAAUUCUGCAGAAGUGAUGAAAUAUACUACACAUUCUGAGAAAGGCAUGAUUCAAAACACUGGAAGUCCUGAUAGAGCUGAUAUGUUAAGAAAUAACUUGAAUUUAUCUCCAAUCAGUUUAGCUAGUACCCAAAUGAGUAGAGACUCAUCUCCUACCAAUGAUAGCAACACAGAUAUAAAUAGAUACUCAACGCCAACAAAUAUUGUUCAAAAACACACAGAAGUUCUUGAAUCCUUAGAUGGUUCUUUUUUGCAAUUUGCACCAAAAGGGGAAAUUGGAAAUAUAAAGACAGAAGCAGUUAACAAUAUGAGUUGUGAUGCAAAGGAAGAUAAUUUAUCUACUAAAUCGAAACAUUAUAAUCAGCCAAUUAAUGGAAGGCAUGUACAUUGGACAUCUAUUGAUUCAGGUGGAUCAGAUACAAGUCAAGCAGGAAGUAUUGAUGGCCAAUCAAGUUCUCAGAUAUUAUAUACAUGGAUUUCAAGGCAUUAUUCUUGUGAAGAGUGUCCAGUUUCUUGGAAUCAUGUUUUGAAUUUGGCAAGAGCUGUUAUAGACAAUAAAGAUGAACUAGAGAAGUACUCUUCAACAACAUCGGUUCAUAUAACACAGAGACCUAGAGGUAUUCCAAAGAUGAUAACUCCAGAGAACUACUGUAUGGCACCACUUCCUGUAUCCUUGCCAAUCACUUGCCCAGGACAACAUCUACACAAACAAUACACCAAAUAUGUACAUGACAGUGACAGAGAUAUGAUAGAGAAUAUUACUGCUCUAAGUAAAGGAAAACUGAAGGUUGUGUUAAUUGAUGGGAUAGUUUUCAGAAUAGUUCGAUUGACGUCAACCAAAUUUGUAGAGAUUUACCCUGGAGAUGGUAGUGUUAUACUGUCUCAAGGAUUGAGUGGACAUUUUUACAGACAUAUUAUUCCAAGGGGUAAUCAGAUAGAUGAAAGAACAUAUUCUAUAAAGGCAUUGCCUCCUACACCAAGAUCAGCCCCAUACUGUAUUGAAAAGUUAAUAAAGAGAGCAAGCAGGUUCUUGCUACAGACUCAUCAAGAAGACAAGACAUUAACAAACAAAAGUGUAUGCUGCUGGAAAUAUAAGAAUAACAUUUUGAUGGAACCUUUAGCAUCAAGUCUUCUAGAAGAGGUUAGUGUACCUGGUCAUGGGCGAUUCUCUGCAUUCUCCAAUGGACAUAUCAGAAUAUUGUUUGAAGACAGGACAUCAUUAGAUAUGUCAUGUGACUUUACAAAAAGAAUAAUCGGAUGUAUAGAACACAGCAGUAAUGCUGAAGAGAAAGCUAUUUUACAACAACAGCUCGAACAGCAGAGUAGUCUGGAGUGUAGAGGUAAACAGGGGUUAUGUAAACUACUGUUGACUAAUGGACAGUACCAGAUAGUGGACAGUAAACAGCCAGGGAUUUAUAGCAAGUAUACUGAUGCUGCUUUAGAAUGGGCUGCCUGGGUAAACAGUUCCCCUACACAGAGAAAAAUAUUCUAUCAGAAUUGGAAUCAGCCAGAUGAUGCUGCAUUAAUGGUUACCAAGGAACUACAGAAAAUAAAGUGCUUUAAUUACCUUGCAGACAAUUCUUUGGCAAACCCGGGUAUGGAGCAGCAGAAAGACGCAAGAUUUUCAGAAAUGCAAGAACCUUUUGCAGGAAAUAUCAUGCUUGAACAAUGUGGACACAAAGCUUCGGGAAACACUCAAAAUUAUUCUAGUCAAACAUAUUGUACAGGAGGUGAUCAUUUUAAAAGUGAUGAAGUGCCAAUUCUAAAGACUAAACGUUAUGGACAUAGAGAUGAUCCGUCUAAAGAAUUAGAGAUAAUUAGAGGCUUUAAUUCUGUUAGGGAAGCAUUAUUAAGGACAUCUAGUGCUAUCAAAGACAUUGAUGAAAUUAUAGAAAAGAAAGGGGUAAAAUCUUGAUAAUGCAAUACAUUCUUCUGGCUCUAAUGUUUAGAUUCAUUAUCUGACCUACAACAGGAAAACAUUUAGCAUAACAAUUGAAAUUAAUUGCUUGCUUUUGUCAGAAAUAAUGGAAACAGAAAAUAUCAUUUAUAUUAUAUAAGCAAAAUUUAUUGAAGAAUCUUUAUUUAUACAAAUUGUGCAAGUUAUGUUUGAUUAAAAAAUUGAAAUUGAAAGAA